AUGAUGACAAGGAGACGUAAGAGAACUACAAAAUCAUGUAUUUUCUGCAGAAGGUCUCACGUCGUUUGUGAUGAAAAGAGACCGUGUACAAGAUGUAUUAAGAGAGAAAUAGCACAUUUAUGCACUACGGAAGAGCCUUUACUCCAGGAACAGCAGCAGCAACAACAGCAGUUGCAACAGCAGUCAGAGGUAUCAGAGACUCCACUGAUUACAGACAUACCCAGUAACGAGCCAUCAAAUAUCAAUAUGUCAAAUUUUUUGUUCCCACAGACGUUUAUCUCUGAAAAUAUGAACUCUGAGUUCAGCUCCUUGAACGAAUUCUUCUCAAUUUUAGAUGAUCCGUUGCUGUCACUCCCAGUUCCCAACAUAGAGAAACUCUCAGAUCCAAGUGCCAAAGUUCCAGUACAGUCGACGGAUAAUGAACAAGUUAGCGAUGCUAAAGAGAAGUUCUUCCUUACUGCAGCUGAUCCUUCCAUUGAAAUCACGCCAGAAGAAAGAUUAAAACUUGUUAUCAAUGCUAAAGUAGAUGCUGGUUUAUUAAAACCUUACGACUAUGCAAAGGGUUAUGCGAGAUUACAGAAUUAUAUGGACAAGAAUAUGACGCCUGAAUCAAAACAAAGGGUUUUGAAACCUUUGAAUUCAAUAAGACCUGCGUUCAGAUCCAUUGCCAAAUCGUUAAAGGACGUUGAUCUGGUUUUAGUUGAAGAAAGCUUUGAAAAGAUGCUUUUAAGUUACGAUAGAGUCUUUACAUCGAUGAGUAUACCAGCAUGCAUCUGGAGACGAACGGGAGAAAUCUAUAGAGCGAAUAAAGAGUUUGCUACACUUGUAGAAUGCACCGUGGACGACCUAAGGGACGGUAAAAUGGCGAUAUACGAGUUGAUGACAGAAGACAGUACGGUGAGUUUUUGGGAGAAGUAUGGAUCUGUUGCGUUCGAUAAGGGCCAGAAAGCUGUGCUGACAAGUUGCAUUCUGAGAACCAGAGACAGCAAGAAGCAAAAUGACUGCUGUUUCAGUUUUACCAUCAGAAGAGAUCGCUAUAAUAUACCGGUUGGUAUAGUUGGUAAUUUUAUUCCAAUAUGA